AUGUCAUCCAAGACUACCGGUGGAAAAGGCGGCAAAGCAAAGACAUCGUCAGAGGCAAAGACACUCACCUCGAGAUCAUCCAAGGCUGGUCUUCAAUUCCCUGUUGGUCGUAUCCACCGAUUCUUGCGUAAUAAGAACGCUAACAAUGUUCGAAUUGGGGCCAAGGCUGCUGUCUAUGUCGCUGCUAUCAUGGAAUACCUAACAGCUGAAGUACUAGAACUUGCAGGUAACGCCGCUAAGGAUCUCCGUGUGAAGCGAAUCACACCUAGACAUUUGCAACUUGCUAUCAGAGGAGAUGAAGAACUUGAUUUGUUAAUCAGAGCUACCAUUGCGGGUGGUGGUGUAUUACCUCAUAUCCACAAGUCACUCGUCGCCAAACCUGGUGCCGCAGGAAAGAAACUCAAACCUACUCCCGCUGCUUAA